GGGAGAUGGGAGGCACCCGCAACACGCUGCCUGGGGGACCUAGUUCUGGGAUCUGGACCUGAACUCUUUUUUGCCAGUGUCUGGUGAUACCCGAGGGAGAGCAGCCAGUGUACGCCCAGCGGGAGGCACUUUGCAUCUGUGACUUGAAGAUUUCUUCCUUCAAGAGUGGUAAUGUAGCACUGAGGCUAUACCCUCUAUUGGACUCUGUUGUUUCCCUGUUCUUAGUGUGUGUCUGUGUGCGCAUAUGUGUCCAUCUAGACUUCUGUCAACUAUCAUAACAUCACAUACUAUUCAGUUAAGUUAACUUAGAGAGUCUUCAGCUAAACUAAACUUAAAACAAUGAAAUAAUGAAUCCAAUUUGAGUUUACUUAAAACUUUAGUUCAGCUUUUGAACUUAUGUUGAACAGGGUUACUAUUUUUUACAGUGUUAGCUGCUAUUGUUCUCAUUAGAAUGCUUAAAACAUGCCAUGACAUUUGGAAAUGAUAGAACUAAAGCAAUAUGACCAGGGAAUUAUUUGAAUGAUUUGAAAAAUGAUAAAACAUGCUAGGAAAAAAACUAUAAGCUUUAAGAGUUUAAGGGUUUUGAUAGCUCUUUCUUGGGAAAAUUUCACUCUCCAUGUUUAUUAGGUCCUCCUCGGAUGAGACUGUCUACACUGCGCAGCAUGCUUCGCUGUCAUCAACAAUAAAUCAAUUGACUCUUUUUAAUGAGAUCUGGAAUGGGUCUCACAAAAGGCCGAAAUCAUUUGAAGUUGAAAGAACUGAAUGUGACAAAUAGUCAGACGGUGGGAUAAGAGCAGAAAAUCAUCGGGAAGAAUAUUCUUUUGUCCACACAAAAGAAAACAACCUAUAUCUAAGAAUGGUUUCAGCAAGAGAGUAGCGGUGAAACUUAGACCGUUUCACUCUUGUAAAAUUCUACGGAGCUGGGCUUGCCAGACGCACUGUCAACGCUGAUUCGAUUGGUAGAUGCGCGCGAGUCUCCGGAGCGAUGACUGACUCUGGAGCUGCCAGAAAAAUGACCAGAGCAAAGUUGGUCAUUCUUGGACGUGACAACUGCGGGAAAACUGCACUGUGUGUCAGAUUCAUCACCAAGCGGUUCAUUGGAGAAUACGACCAUAAAAAGGAGGUGACAUAUGGAUGCAGGAAAGUGGUUGAUAAAGAAGCUAUUGAUCUAGAAAUAUUAGAUACAGUAAACAAGGAGUGUGUGGGUCCAGCUGCAACCUCAUUGGAAAGCUCCAUUAAAUGGGGAGACGGAUUUCUUAUCAUGUAUUCUGUCACGGACCGCAGCAGCUUUGAAUAUGUAUCACGUCUGAAAAGGCUCAUUGACCAUGUCAAACAGACUCUUGGUAUCCCCACAGUGAUUGUUGCUAACAAGUGUGACAUAGAAAAUGGACGGGUAGUGCGGAAAGAAGAAGGGCAGGCUUUGGCUGCUGAUCUGAGGUGCAGCUUCUUUGAGUUGUCUGUAGCAGAAAGCAGUGCUUCUGUGGAGACUGCUGUGAGUCAGCUGAUUCGAGAGGUUCGCAUGGAGUUCAGCAAACAUCUACUUGCCAUGGAUAAAUGUUCACGUAUGCUGCAGAUGAGGCAUGCACUCAAGAAUAAGCUCACACGCAGUAAGACCAUGCAGUGGUGACUCUUGCGGACUCAAGAUGAAGAAAUGUCACCUUUCAUCUGUGUGGAAGAGCAUAGAGAAUGAGGAAUGUUCGAAUGGCGUGAAGGUCUCUUUGGAGAGCAUGAUCAAGUUUUCAGGGGGCAUUACUGACCAACAUGCAUUCAGUCUACGAUUGUGAUGUGGGCAGAUGUGGAUGAGGUGAAAUCAUUAUUACAGAAUAUCUAACUCUGCAGCAGAAGAAUACUCCAGUCUAUGGCAGAGCAAAUGCAUUCAAACUAGAACAUUUUCUCUUCUAGUCAGUAGAUGGUAAACUGUAAAAAGUAAUUUUUUGGGUUACAAUGAGUAGGUACAAAUGAUAUAAACAUAUGUUUAUAUCAUUUGCUUUUGAGCUGAAGUCUGUAAGUUAUAUGGUUUUUGUUUCUGUUAGAAGAUAACAUUAAUUACAAAUAAAUAUAUCUUUAAACAUAGAAUAGGAUUACAUAAUUAGCAUAAAUUAUCUUAAACAUCAUAGUGUUUGGAAUUUUCAUGUUUCACAUGUUAUAUGCUAUGUUAUUACUGGUACUGUAAACUUCUAAUACAUAUUUGUAUAUGAGUAGGCC